AUGUUAAACGUACAUCCUAUACAUUCGCCCGAAUUUAAAAUUCAUUUAGAUAAUGAUGAAGUUAUAUUACGAGGUACAGCAGAAGAGUCAGCAGGUGUUAUGUUAAGAGGAAGCGUUUUAUUUAUUUGUCAUGAACUUACAAAAGUGAAAUCGAUUACAUUAAAAUUCAUUGGUACGACAAGCGUGAAUUGGGUAGAAGGUCUUGGAACCCAUCAAAAGCACUAUAAAUCUGAACGUAAAAUUAUUGAAAAGGAAUGGACAUUUUUAGAGUUAAAAAAGAAAGCUUAUCAAUUAUGUUCAGGUCGAUAUAAAUGGGAUUUUGCUAUACCUAUUCCAGGAAAUUUACCAGAAUCAAUCUAUCAUGAAAUGGGACAAGUUCAGUAUAAAUUAAAAGCUUAUUGUGAUCGACCUACGUUUUCUAUGAAUUAUGUAGAUAGAAGACAUAUUAAGAUUAUUAGACAUAUGUUACCAACAUCCUUAGAUUUAUCUCAAUCUAUCAUUAUUUCAAAUAUUUGGACAGAUAAAAUAGCCUAUGAUAUUAGUAUCCCUAGUAAAGUCUACAGUCUCAACAAACAUAUCCCAAUUUCUUUCGAUUUAUUACCUAUCGCCUCUCACCUUAAAAUUAAAUCAGUCAUCUGUUCCUUGAAAGAAUACAUUACUUUUCGUACUUUAGAUCAUCAUCAUAAAACUGAAGGUCGAUUAAUUAAUUAUAUUCGUGACGAUCAAUUCAUAUUUAAUUCUGAUACAGGUCAUUGGUCAAAAACUGAAUUAUUACCAAUCUCUACCACUCAACAACAACACGUUCAUUAUGAUAUGUGCGGUGAAUUAAUUCAAGUAAAGCAUAAACUUAAAUUUAUUGUCGCCUUACAGAAUGCGGAUGGUCAUAUUUCGGAAUUAAGAGCUGCUAUUCCAGUUAUUAUAGCUCCGAUGAUUCCCGAAGAGGAUGGAAAUGAGUUACCUGCUUAUGAAGAUGCUUGGAGAUCAAUUCCUUGUGAUGCUGAAACUUUAACCCCUUUAAUACAUGUUCCUAGAACAAAUUCAUUACCUUCAAUUGAUUCGAAUUCCUCACUAUCAUCAACAUUGUCUAAUCAUCAACAACAAGACGACUUAUUAACUCCCGAACCCUUGCCUUGGAUGGGUUUUGAUAUUUCUCGUGUACCCUCAUAUGGAACUGCUUUACGUUCAAGUGUUCCCUGUACUUUAACACCGUCACUUCCUAAUUACGAAUCCAUUGUCAUUGUAUAA